AUGGCUGAAUUAAAAGUUAAUACUAAAAAAUUUAAAUUAAAUAAUGGAGUUGAAAUUCCAGCAGUUGGUCUUGGAACUUGGAGAUCAGAACCAGAAGAUGCUUAUAAAGCUACAAAAUUAGCCUUAGAAAAUGAUUAUCAUCAUAUUGAUACUGCAAGUGCUUAUGGUAAUGAAGAAGGUGUUGGUAAAGCUAUUUCAGAAUCAAAAGUUCCAAGAGAAAAUAUUUUUGUAACUACAAAAUUAUGGAAUACUGAUCAUAAUAAAGUUGAAGAAGCAUUAGAUGAAUCAUUAAAAAAAUUAAAAUUAGAUUAUGUUGAUCUUUAUUUAAUACAUUGGCCAGUAAAUACUGAUUCAGAAGAUAUUAAAGAUCCUUCACAAUAUGAAGAUUAUAUUGAAACUUGGAAAUCAUUACAAAAAAUUUAUAAAGAAGGUAAAAAAGUUAAAGCAAUUGGUGUUUCAAAUUUUACAAUUAAAAAAUUAGAUAAAUUAUUAAAUGCUGAAGGUGUUGAUGUUGUACCAGUUAUUAAUCAAAUUGAAGCUCAUCCAUUAUUAACUCAACCUGAAUUAGUUAAAUAUUUAACAAGUAAAGAUAUUUAUAUUACUGCCUAUUCACCAUUAGGUUCAAAUGAUUCACCAUUAUUUAAGAAUGAAACUGUUUUAGAAAUUGCUAAAAAGAAUAAAGUUGAACCUGCUCAAGUAUUAAUUUCAUGGGCUGUUCAAAGAAAUUCAAUUGUUAUUCCAAAAUCAGUUCAUGAAGAAAGAAUUAAAUCAAAUAUUGAAACUUUUACUUUAUCUGAUGAAGAUUUUAAAGCAUUAAAUGAAAUUAAUGAAAAAGAUGGUCCUAAAAGAACUAAUGAUCCAGGAUUCAACAAUUAUGAUGAUUAA